AUGGAGAGGAAAAUGAUGGACGCAGCUAGGGGAGGUGCUAUAGUGAAUAAAACCCCUAGUGCCGCUAGAGAUUUGAUUUCCAUUAUGGCUGCUAACUCACAACAGUUUGGAUUCAGACAAGACACCCCUUUGAGAAGGGUGAAUGAGGUAAGUAUAUCUUCCCUUGAAAAUCAAAUAUCCAAUCUAACUUCUCUUGUCCAACAAUUGGCUGUAGGAAAUUUGCAACAAGUUAAAGCUUGUGGAAUUUGUGCUGCUACUGGUCAUCCAACGGAGAUGUGUCCUACACUUCAAGAAGAUUCUUUAGAGCAUGCCAAUGCAGUUGGAGGAUUCCCAAGCCCACCACAAAGGAAGUACGAUCCUUAUUCAAAUAGCUACAAUCCAGGGUGGAAGGAUCAUCCCAACUUUAGUUAUGGAGCAAGACCACAAUUCCAACAUUACCAUCCUAGACCACAUAUUCCACCACAACAACCUUCCUCAAGUUCAAGAAACAAGAACAAGCAUCAACCAAUUAGAGAAUCAAGUAAGUCAAUUGGCAUCUUCAAUGAGCAGGUUGGAGUCUCAAGAUUGAAUAAAUCUAAGAAAGAUGAGGAGGAUAAGGAAAUCCUAGAAACCUUCCUCAAAAUUGAGGUAAAUAUUCCAUUACUUGAUGCAAUUAAACAGGUGCCUCAAUAUGCUAAAUUUCUCAAGGAAUUGUGCACCAACAAGAGGAAGUUUAAAGGUAAUAAGAAGGCACCAAAAUUGGAAUUGAAACUCUUGCCAGAUCAUUUGAAGUAUGUAUUCUUAGGGGAAGGAGAAACUCUUCCAGUGAUAAUAUCCACAAAGCUCUCUACUUUGGAAGAAGAAAAAUUAAUUCGGGUGCUUAGAGAGUAUAAAAAAGCUAUUGGAUGGACCAUGGCCGAUAUUAAAGGAUUAAACCCUUCUACAUGCAUGCAUAGAAUACUACUGGAAAAGGAUUGCAAGCCUUCUAGAGAAGCCCAACGUAGAUUGAAUCCACCCAUGAUGGAAGUGGUUAUCCCAAAGAAAACAGGUAUAACAGUGGUUAAAAAUUCUGAAGGUGAAAUGGUGCCUACUCAUGUUCAAAACGGGUGGCGGGUGUGUAUCAAUUAUGGGAAGUUAAAUGCAUUAACUAGGAAAGAUCACUUCCCCCUCCCAUUUAUUGACCAAAUGCUUGAACGUUUGGCAGGCCGUACUCAUUAUUGUUGUCUUGAUGGUUAUUCAGGUUUUCAUCAGAUUCCAAUUGCACUAGAGGACCAAGAGAAAACUACAUUCACGUGCUCGUUUGGAACUUUUUCAUAUCGACGAAUGCCAUUUGGACUUUGCAAUGCUCCUGUUACAUUUCAGAAGUGCAUGGUUAGUAUAUUUUCAGAUUAUGUGGAGAGCAUCAUAGAGGUGCAUGGUAAUUCUUUUGAUGCAUGUUUAACUAAUCUCACAAAAGUGCUUAGAAGAUGCAAAGAAAUAAACUUUGUUUUGAACUAUGAGAAGUGUCACUUUAUGGUUGAUCAGGGCAUUAUUCUAGGCUAUAUUGUAUCCUAUAGGGGAAUUGAAGUUGAUAAAGCUAAGAUAGAAGUUAUUAAAUCUUUGCCUUACCCCACAAAUGUGCGGGAAAUUCACUCUUUUCUUGGAUAUACAGGAUUCUAUCAAUGCUUUAUCAAAGACUUUUCCAAGAUCACUCAACCCCUAUGUAGGUUAUUGCAAAAAGAUGUGGUUUUUGAAUUUGGUGAGGCAUGCAAAGGAGCAUUUGACAAAUUAAAAGAUAUGCUGACUUCAGCACCAGUUAUCCAGCCACCUAAUUGGAGUCUUCCAUUCGAAAUCAUGUGUGAUGCAAGUAAUCAUGCAGUUGGUGUUGUACUUGGACAAAAAGUUGGAAAAGCCCAUUAUGCCAUUUACUAUGCCUCCAGGACACUUGACAAUGCACAAAGCAACUAUUCCACAAUUGAAAAAGAACUUUUAACUGUUGUUUUUGCUUUGGAAAAAUUCUGUUCUUAUUUGAAUGGCACUAAAGUGAUUAUUUAUUCUGAUCAUGCAGCUCUCAAGUACUUGUUUUCAAAGGAGGCAAAACCUAGACUCAUUCGAUGGAUUCUCUUGCUACAAGAAUUUGACCUAGAGAUACGUGAUAAAAAAGGUACAGAAAAUUUGGUUGUUGAUCAUCUCAGUAGAUUAACCACAAGUGAAGAGCCAUCCCCAUUACAGGAUAACUUCCCAUAUGAGUAUCUCUUUUCUCUUCAAGAGACAGUCCCUUGGUUCGGGACACCGAAGGCUAUGAUCAGUGAUCGCGGGACUCAUUUUUGCAAUAGAGUGGUGGCCACUUUAUUAAAGAAAUGCAAUGUUACCCACCACAUCUCUAUUGCUUAUCACCUACAAACAAGUGGACAAGCUGAGGUAUCCAACAGAGAAAUUAAAUCCAUACUCGAGAAGACCGUCAACCCAAAUAGGAAGGAUUGGAGUUUAAGGCUUGAUGAUGCACUUUGGGCUUACAGAACAGCAUACAAAAAUCCUAUAGGUGCACAAAGGAAAUUACAAUUACAAGAGUUAGAGGAAAUCUGUAAUGAUGCCUAUGAGAGCUCGAGGAUCUACAAAGAAAAGAUAAAGGCCUUCCAUGAUCAAAUGAUCUCCAAGAAACAUUUUUCUAUUGUUGAAAUACAAAGCUUGGACACUGGUAAAACUUUUAAGGUCAAUGGUCAUCGCUUGAAACCUUUUUAUGAAGGUUUUCAGCUUCAGCCCACCGCCGUCUGUCGCGUUUCCGGCCUUGCCGCCGCCCACGGCAGCCUCCCCUGCUGCACGCACAGCGCUGCUGCGAGCCGCCAUCACCGCGACAGCCUCCUUGCACACUACAAAUUUGCAGCAGCUUCCAUGCCCAACCUGGCCGCCUUCGGCUAUCCAGCAGCUACACCGGCCUCCGACACCGCCUCUCUAGUUUGUUCGCUUGCUUCGCGUUGGCCUGCUGCUAGUCUGUCUCGCGCUCGAGCUGCCAUGGUUGGAGCUUCACGCAACCAGCUGGAAUGCAUGGCUACCGACGGCCACUUCCGCCAUAGCUGCUUGCCGCGAACUCACCGCCUUCAACUGCCACCCAGCUCCCUCUCAAUCUCCCUACUUCUCAUCCUUUCUCAGCCAAGCUCGAGCUCCCUACCUCUUCACUCUUCAUUUUCCCCUUUUAUAGCCAUUUUCACCGCCUUUUACCCAUCCUUCUUUGCGUGA